AUGUAUCUCUUAUUUCUUGCUGAUAAAAAGGAGGAUGGAGACCAAAAAGAAGAAAAAAAAGAGAAGAAGCAACAGAUACAAAUAAACAAUCACCUGCACCAGGACUCUGCAGCAAACAGCAGCAGCAGCAACAGCAGCAGCAGCAGCAGCAAUGAUGGUGGUGAUGCUGCUGCAGUAGCAAAAGCAGCUGCACCAAGAGCAGCAGCAAAAGCAGCAGCAGCAGCAAAAGCAACAGCCGAAGGGGAGGAGGAGAAAGAGGAGGAGCCAUUGAUACAAGAAACAGCAUUAGAUGCAGCAGCAGCAGCAGCAGCAGCAGCAGCAGCAGCUCUUGCUGCUGGUAUACCACCAUUCUUCUUACUUGUCUAG